AGCGCGUGCGGAAGACGUCAGUGCAGCGACGUUAUCAUCUGUAGACCGGCCGUUGUAGCGGACUGAGCUCCCGUGUGAGCCGCUGCGGAGAUAGCCGGAGGAGACGGAGAGAGAGUUCAGAGUGUUUCAAUAUUCAUCAUUCAUCUGCUAAAAUGUCUGUGAAAAAAAAGAGAAAAUCCACUGCCGAUGAAGUGAAUGUGAAGAAAUGUAGAAUUACAAGUUAUUGCAGAACACAGACAGCCAGUAGAAUAAUAAAUGAAGACUUAUUUUCUAGCAAAAAGUGCCUGGCCUGGUUUUAUGAGUAUGCAGGUCCAGAUGAAAUUGUUGGGCCAGAAGCCAUGGAAAAAUUCUGUGAGGACAUAGGCGUAGAACCAGAAAAUAUAAUUAUGCUGGUUCUUGCCUGGAAAUUAGAGGCAGAAAAUAUGGGCUUUUUCACAAAAGAGGAGUGGUUGAAAGGAAUGACCUCUAUACAAUGUGACUGCACAGAGAAGUUACAGAGUAAAUUUGAUUAUCUUCGGGCGCAACUCAACGAUAACACUGCCUUUAAGAAUAUUUACAGAUAUGCUUUUGACUUUGCAAGGGACAAGGUCCAGCGGAGUCUGGACCUAGAUACUGCAAAAACUAUGUUGGCACUUUUACUCGGAAGAACAUGGCCAUUAUUUUCUGUGUUCUACCAGUACCUGGAGCAGUCCAAAUACAGAGUAAUGAACAAAGACCAGUGGUAUAAUGUAUUAGAAUUCAGCCGGACCGUUAAUGCUGACCUUAGUAACUAUGAUGAAGAUGGUGCCUGGCCAGUGCUUCUUGAUGAAUUUGUUGAGUGGUAUAAACAUCGUCCCUCGUUAUAGCAAGAUCUGUUCUGGAAACAAAAUAUGAACUUUCAGAUGUCCCACAAGCCCUAAACAUGAAGUGUUUGAAGAAUACUCUCAUCUUCGCCGAAUCGUUUGACGUCUUGCCAGUGCUUAUGAAAUCGGCAGUAGACUGUCCCUUGUCGUUGGCUUGAUUAACUUUCAUCAAGAAAUGCAUUUCUGGAUUAAAAAAAAACUGAAAACAUCGACCAAGACCCAUUUUACAUUUGUUUUCCCCUUAGUUCCCCCUUUUGUUUCAUUGGCCAAAAGUGUACAUUUAGUUGAAUUAAACAGUUACAUGAUCCAUUUUAUUUAUAUUUAUAUGCACAACAGUUUGGUUUUCAAGUUUUGACCAUGUGUUAUCAAAUCUAAUAUUUUUUUAUUUUUUGCUCUUUCCCAUUUAAAAUAAGAAUAUGAAAUCUUGUGUUUGUAACAGCAAUAAGUUAUAACACAUGGUAGCAAAAGUUCUCUUUAAUGCUACAUGGCUUUCUAAAAGCCGAUCCAUAUAUUUUUAAUUUUUUUAUUUUAUUUUUAUAUAUGUGUACUUCUCAUCAUGUACCAGGGCUUGGGUCCACUGACCGCUGGAAGACAGUUGUGGUCAUCAACAAAUUCUGACCUAUGUGGAAUAUUCUUCAGAGUUUGAGUGUUAGGAGCUGCUGAUAUUGGGCAAUUGUUGGUUCUUAGGAUAUCUGUUACCGCUUUGAACGGGUCAUGUUUUUUGCAUAUAUCAGAAUUCCAUGUCGCUACCUCCAUGUAACUAGCAGAUGUUUGAAGGUCAUGCCCAAUCCUUAACUUUAUCUGCGACUCGGUUUUAUCAGUCUGAGCUCAGUCGUCUGAUGAUUUUUAUAGUUUCUGAUAUCCAAUCAAAAGCUUUUUACCACUUCAAGUGUAACACUGCCUUUCUCAUGAACGUAAUAAUGUAAGGUAGGACAGUGAAAUCCUUAAAUUUGUAAAUAGCAUCCUUUACCUGUUUUGUUCAGUUGUGCCUGUGGACUCAUUUGGAAUAUCCAUUGUGCCAAAACCGAACGUGACAAUUUUGCAUAUUUUAUGGGGGCGGGCCUACAACCGUUUACAGUUGGCGGCAAUGUUCAUCACUGGAUGAUAAACUGCAUUGCCGCCGCUGAAAGAAUGGGUAUUUCAAGGGCUGGUGCUGACCAUUUGGAAUAAUGGUUAAUAAUAAUUACUGUGGAUUGUUUCUCUGUCUUACCUUUUAAAGUAGAACUGUAGGCAAAAAAAAUGUUUUUUCAUAUUGGAUAGAGUAAGGGAGGAUUAUAACCCCUGUAAGUUUGUUUUGCCAUCUGCAUCCUAUUCAGGAGAAUUCCCUUCACUUCCUGUCCCAUAGCCAAAACAGGAAGCAAGGGGAAAUCCUUGCAAAUUAAGGAAAUCCCAAGGUCAUCAGAACUAGCGUCACCAUUGGAAGAUUUCCCCUCUAUUAACUUUCUAGAGACAACCCAUCAUUUUGAAUUUUCUUUUACUUAACAAUUAUGGUGAACAGGACAAAUAGGUUGAAUUGCCCUAACAGUGGCACAGACAGUGAUAAAGACCUGGCAGGGGCUCUGAUCCCUCUCCACUCUGUCCAAAACCUAAAAAAAGUUUUGCCUUUUAGUUAUACUAUAAGCUAUGGCAAAAAGGAGCAGCACUUUAACGAGCAACAAACAUCUGCCUCAUGCGGAUGCAGCACAUGUUAUGCCGUUUGUCUCGAAUCAUGAAAUGUUUUUGGUUGUUUCCAUAUCUGCGCUAUAAGCAGGUCAAGAACAGUUCUGUAUAUUACUCUCAAAUUCAUUGUUUAAUUGAACAUCCCGUAUUACCAGGAUUUUGAUUUCAAUCCACACUGGUGUUAUCGGUCUGUGGCACAAGUGUUGAGCCUACUUGUCAUUAAAGAUCCCCUAGUUUGCCAAUCUUCUGCUCCAGUUUUGUUGAUUUAUAUUUAUUGUACCUGGGGGAAAAAAAAAAAAAAUUUCACUGAUUGCUGAAGAUGGUCCAGGUAAUCCUGAAAUUUCGGAGUGGGGUCAAAAGUGGGUAAAAAAGGGCCAUUUCUAAUAUACUUGCUCUUAACUUUUUUUUUUUUUUUCUCCCUUGCAAAUGUCCUGUUAAUUGUCCGGUUGUUUUUUGAGUUUUACAUGCCACAUUAAAGAUCUUGUUUUUGGAAUCA